AUAAAAAGAAACAUGGGAGAAUUUCAUGGAGAAUCGGCGUUAUUGGAGUCCUCCUCGCCAGAUCCUGGCAUUGUCCAAGUUAGCCUUUUAAAAGAAAAUGAUUAUGUAUCUCAAGCUUGGAAAAACGGGCUAGGAAAGACAGAAGAAAUUGCUAUUUAUCCUCCAGCAAGAGAUUUUACAAAAGAUGAUUAUUUUUGGCGGUUCAGUAAAACAUGUAUGCAAGCGGAUUGUAAUUUUUCUGUAUUUCCUGGUUAUGACUGCACAACUGUCAUUUUGCCCGGAGAAAAUCAUCCUUCCUUGUCAUUAUCUCAUUUAGGUAGAGAAACACGUACUAAAAUCAAGCCGUUAUUUCCUUAUUCGUGGCAUGGCGAAUGGACAACAACAUGUCAGGUUAUGAACGCUCCGGUGAAAGCACUUCAGUUCAUGUUCAAACGAGAAUUAGGAAACGCGCAAAUCCGAAUCGACAAAAUUGGAGCGUUUGAGACAGAUCUUCAGGGUGAUGUGGACUCACGUAAAAACAUGAUUUUCGGUGCAUUUGCGCUUGUCUAUGUAGUAGAAGGAUACGUCAGCAUUUUGCUGGAUGAAAAUCACAAGGAAGAGCAACAUCUUUUAUUGAAAGCGGGAGAAACCUUAUUGCUUGAACGUGACGAGGAUGCCAGUCCUACUAGUAUUUUAAUGAAGGCUACCACGCGAACCCAGCAAGGUCCAUUUAGUGGCAUUGAGGCAACCGUCGUUGUGAUUCAAAUUGAGGAAGGAAAAACUUACGGCGGUACACUUCAAAAGCAAGCGUCCACGUCACCCACAGCCGAUGUUGUGCCCAGUCAACGACGACAGACAGAUCGUCGACCCAGCUUAAUUGUCUCUGUCGAUCAGCCCAAUACUGAAUUUAAUCAAUUGAACAUUACGGAAAAAAUCGAAAAUGAGCGGCGCGAUAGCUACGGGUCUUUUGAUCCAAGCAUCAUUUAUGAGCCACCAGCAUUUGCAUUGAUGCACAAGGAUACAGAUAUGCCACCUCCCGUCACUCGAGACAGGCUGGAUGUGGAUGAAUUUCCUUUAAAAGCAAUUAGUACGGCAUGGAUUAAGAUCAUGACACAAGGCCUAAGCGAAUGGAUCAAACUCCCGAUCAUUGUGUGCCGUGGCACAGGCGAUGGUCCAGUCAUUGGUCUCACGGCUGCAGUGCAUGGAAAUGAACUGAAUGGUGUUCCUUGUAUUCACAGAGUCAUAUCUCAAAUUGAUAUCAACAAACUAAAAGGCACGGUGGUUGCUGUGCCUUGUGUAAACGUCUGGGGUUUCCUCAAGUUUCAAAGAGAAUUUGCAGAUGGACGCGAUUUAAACCGGCAAUUCCCGGGUAAAGAAGACGGUUACGCAUCUCAAGUUUAUUGUUAUCAUUUGAUGAAUAAGAUUAUAUCUCAGUUCAAUUACAUGGUCGAUUUACAUACCGCGAGUUUUGGUCGUGUCAACUCCUACUAUGUGCGAGCCGACUUAAAUGAUCCAGUGGGUGCAAGCAUGGCAAAACUUCAGCAACCACAAAUAUUAUUACAUAAUUCAGGACAAGAUGGCACGUUACGAUCAGCUGCAGCUGCACGCGGAAUUAAAGCAAUUACAGUAGAAAUAGGAAAUCCGCAAACCUUUCAAGACAGAUACAUUCAGUGGUCAUUUAUGGGUAUUAUGCGUAUCUUGGAUCAUUUCGACAUGUAUCCUUUGAAAUAUGUAAAUAUAAGUGAAACAAGUACGAAGAGUCCACUUGAAGGAAACUUAUCGGGACCACCAAAUACAGUAUUAUGUUCUAGAGGUUUUUGGUUGUAUACAAAGACGGGUGGCUUACUGGAGGUAUAUCCUGAUGUAAAUACAAUGGUUCGAAAAGGCGAGAUCAUUGCUCGUAUCAAAAAUAUGUUUGGUAACGUGGUAGAUGAAUAUUUCGCUCCUUGCACGGGUGUGGUGAUAGGAAGAAGUUCCAAUCCAGUUGCGAUGGCAGGUGAUCGUAUCGUACAUAUGGGUGUUAUCAAGAAAACGGGUGAAGUGUUGGCUAAAGCAGCAAAAGAGAAUUAUUAAAAACAAUAACAAAACGUUCGGAAAUAAACAAAUUAUAUUUAUUA